GAAGAAUCGAAAAAGAGUCAUCCCUUUUCCCUCAAAUCAUAUCCUCGCUAAAGAGCUUUUACAAGAAAGGCAACGGAAGCAGAUUCUCCAACAGCCUCAACCAACCAAUUGCAAAACCGAAUACUCCAUGAAUUAAACAUUUUUCAGAGCGAGAAAAGGGGAGAAGAGAUGACAACGCCAUCAUUGAGACCUCCGCAUUUUCAAUCAUUCAGACUCCCUCACUUCACCACAGCAAUUCCCAUUCCAGCUACUGCUACUAGUUUCACCCAUUUCGUUUCUCUCUCCUCCCCUUCGCUUGGGCAUGGCAGAUUUGCCCCUUCCUGCUACUGUUCUUUACCGAGAAAAAAGUUGCUUUGUGGAUAUGAUGGGGUACAGCAAAGCAUAGGGGAAUUUGUAGAAGGAGACAAGAAUGAGAUCCAGAUGCUAGGCUCAGAUGAAGAAGUCUCGACUCAGAUUCCAACUCAAGCUCAGUCUAUUGUUGAAGGUUCUGGAGCUGUUAUGGUGUCUGAGUAUAGACCUGCCCCUGAUGUAGACUAUCUGCAGGAAUUACUAGCAAUUCAACAACAAGGCCCCAGAGCAAUUGGUUUCUUUGGCACACGAAACAUGGGGUUUAUGCACCAAGAACUCAUUGAGAUUCUCAGCUAUGCACUGGUCAUAACUAAAAACCAUAUCUUCACUUCAGGAGCUUCAGGGACUAAUGCUGCUGUUAUUAGAGGAGCUCUUCGAGCUGAAAAACCAGAGCUGCUAACUGUGAUACUUCCGCAAAGUUUGAAAAAGCAGCCUCCAGAGAGUCAGGAGCUACUUUCCAAAGUAAAACAUGUGAUAGAGAAGCCUUACAACGAUAAUCUUCCAUUGAUAGAGGCUAGCAGGUUGUGUAACAUGGACAUCAUAUCUCAAGUGCAGCAGGUCAUUUGUUUCGCCUUUCAUGACAGUAGGUUGCUCAUGGAGACGUGUCAAGAGGCGAAGAACAUGCGGAAGAUUGUCACUCUGUUUUAUCUGGAUUGAUUGAGGCUCAAUCCAAAACUUGAAAUCUUGUUUUGUUUGUAGAGUAAAUGCACAAAACAAAUGUUUUUUUUUUGUUAUAUCCAUGUUAGAGGAAUUUGAAAUAUAUAUGGCCCCAUUGGGUGUAAUAUGAUGAAUUUCAUCAUCUUUUGAUUAUACAGCAAAUGAAAAACUAUUUAGGGCA